CGACGAUAAACUCGUCUUCUGAAUCCUUGUUGGUGGAAAUGAAUCUCUCUUUUGUGUUUGUGUCGUAGCUGCAAGGAGACGAUGACUAAACUGCACGUCACAUCCCAGGGAACCAUCGAGACUGAAGGUACAGGCCUGCUACAGGUGGACUUUGCCUCCAGCUGGAUAGGCGGAGGUGUUCUCGGCGAUGGUCUGGUGCAGGAGGAGAUCCUGUUCGUCAUAAAUCCAGAGCUGAUCGUAUCUCGCCUCUUCACGGAGAAACUCGGCGACAACGAGUGUCUGAUCAUUACAGGCUGUCAGCAGUACAGCCAUUACUCUGGUUUUAGUGACAGCUUUGAGUGGGUGAGACCGUAUAACGAGCGCCUCAGCAGAGACGAGUGGAAGCGGCUGCAGAGGCAGAUCUUAGCCAUCGAUGCUCUGCACUUCAGAAACUGGAGGGAACAGUUCAGUAUCAGCAAGGUGACCCGGGAACUCAACAAGGCAUACUGUGGAUUUAAGGGUCAGGGGAACAAUGAGCCAGACAUCGCCACAGGAAAGUGGGGCUGUGGAGCUUUCAACGGAGACCCACAACUCAAAGCUGUGAUCCAGCUGAUGGCGGCUGCAAAGGCAAAGAGAGGACUGGCCUACUUCACCUUUGAAGAUGAAGAACUGAAGCACGGCCUGGAGCAGAUUCACAGCCUGCUGGUCACAAGCGAUACUACAGUCGGGAAACUGUUCCAACUACUGGAGGACUUCUGUGCUAUUCAGGACAUGUCGUCUACACGUGUGGAUCUGUUUCAGUUCAUCGGCGACAAUGUCCGACCUUCCAGGAGUCAACUGUAAAGGACUAGAAAUGAAGACGAACCUGCUUAAAUAAAGAUUAUAAUUCUUUGCAUGCAUUUUUACACUAAAGAGCUACAGCUGGAGUCGAAGCAGAGGAUGUAGAUUUGGUUGUGGGAGUGGACGUAGGCAGUUAAGGGUUAUAAUAAACUGUAAUUUGUGUUCCUGGGUUGAAUAGUUAAAUUAAUUUGAAAAAUGUUUUUUGAGAAUUUCAGUCUCUUCGACUAAACUGUGAUAAUUAAAGUGAACCAAGAUCAAAUGUUUGUAAUAAGUAAAUACGGUAUGAUUUACAGUGCUGAUUUAUCUACAUAUAUACUGUAUAACUGCUAAUAAAAGAUGACACAGCA